GCCAUCGGAGCUGCCUUUUCUCCCGGCUGGUACUUUCGCUUUGCUUCUCUGAGUUUGCGGAGGGACCAAGCGGCACUCUGGUCGACGCCUGUCAGACCCCAGAUAGAGCAAAGGCGAGCCGGCGCGCCCUGGUCCUCCCCUGCCGGAUCCCGAGCGCAGAAGUCCCGUUUUCUUCUCUCUGUAGAAAGUUUUCAUUUGCCGUGUGCCACCCCUAGAGAGCUGUUAGACGCUCGCACCCUGUGCAUGCAGACCCAACAGUCUUUGCAUCUGACGUGCUCUGUGUAGCUGCUGCGUGGGUUGAAUCCCCAGCCCUUCGCUGGGGCACAAGGUGACAGGAUGUCUCAGUGGUAUGAGCUUCAGCAGCUUGACUCCAAAUUCCUGGAGCAGGUUCACCAGCUCUAUGAUGACAGUUUUCCCAUGGAAAUCAGACAAUAUCUGGCACAGUGGCUAGAAAAGCAAGACUGGGAGCAUGCCGCCAAUGAUGUUUCAUUUGCCACCAUCCGUUUUCAUGACCUCCUGUCACAGCUGGAUGAUCAAUACAGUCGCUUUUCUUUGGAGAAUAAUUUUUUGUUGCAGCAUAACAUAAGGAAAAGCAAGCGUAAUCUUCAGGAUAAUUUUCAGGAAGACCCAAUACAGAUGUCUAUGAUCAUCUGUAGCUGUCUGAAGGAGGAAAGAAAGAUCUUGGAAAAUGCCCAGAGAUUCAAUCAGGCUCAGGCAGGGAAUAUUCAGAGCACUGUAAUGUUAGACAAGCAGAAGGAGCUUGACAGCAGAGUCAGAAAUGUGAAGGACAAAGUUAUGUGUAUAGAGCAUGAAAUCAAGACCCUGGAAGAUUUACAGGAUGAAUAUGACUUUAAAUGCAAAACCUUACAGAACAGAGAACAUGAAACCAAUGGUGUGGCAAAGAACGAUCAGAAGCAGGAACAGAUGUUACUCCAGAAGAUGUAUUUAAUGCUCGACAAUAAGAGAAAGGAAGUAGUUCACAAAAUAAUAGAGUUGUUGAACGCCACCGAACUUACCCAGAAAGCACUGAUUAAUGAUGAGCUUGUGGAAUGGAAGCGGAGACAGCAGAGUGCCUGUAUCGGAGGGCCCCCCAACGCUUGCCUCGAUCAGCUGCAGAACUGGUUCACCAUAGUGGCGGAGAGUCUUCAGCAGGUUCGUCAGCAGCUUAAAAAGCUUGAGGAGUUGGAACAGAAAUACACCUAUGAACAUGACCCUAUCACAAAAAACAAACAAGCGUUAUGGGACCGCACCUUCAGCCUCUUCCAGCAGCUCAUUCAAAGCUCAUUUGUGGUGGAAAGACAGCCCUGCAUGCCAACUCAUCCGCAGAGGCCAUUGGUCUUGAAGACUGGAGUACAGUUCACUGUGAAGUUGAGACUGUUGGUGAAAUUGCAAGAGCUGAAUUAUAACUUGAAAGUCAAAGUCUUAUUUGAUAAAGAUGUGAACGAGAGAAAUACAGUAAAAGGGUUUAGAAAGUUCAACAUUUUGGGCACUCACACGAAGGUGAUGAACAUGGAGGAGUCCACCAACGGCAGUCUGGCAGCAGAAUUCCGACACCUGCAAUUGAAAGAACAGAAGAAUGCCGGUGCCAGAACCAACGAGGGUCCUCUCAUCGUUACUGAAGAGCUUCACUCUCUUAGUUUUGAAACCCAGUUGUGCCAGCCUGGUUUGGUCAUUGACCUUGAGACGACCUCUCUGCCCGUCGUGGUGAUCUCCAACGUCAGCCAGCUCCCAAGCGGUUGGGCCUCCAUCCUGUGGUACAACAUGCUGGUGGCAGAACCCAGGAAUCUGUCCUUCUUCCUGAAUCCACCUUGUGCACGAUGGUCUCAGCUUUCAGAGGUGCUGAGCUGGCAGUUUUCUUCUGUCACCAAAAGAGGUCUCAAUGUGGACCAGCUGAACAUGCUGGGAGAGAAACUUCUUGGUCCCAGUGCUGGCCCCGAUGGUCUUAUUCCGUGGACGAGGUUCUGUAAGGAAAAUAUAAAUGAUAAAAAUUUUCCUUUCUGGCUUUGGAUUGAAAGCAUCCUUGAACUCAUUAAAAAACAUCUGCUCUCUCUCUGGAAUGAUGGGUGUAUCGUGGGCUUUAUCAGCAAGGAGCGGGAGCGGGCUCUGCUGAAGGACCAGCAGCCGGGGACGUUCCUGCUGCGGUUCAGUGAGAGCUGCCGGGAAGGAGCCAUCACGUUCACGUGGGUGGAGCGGCCCCAGAACGGAGGCGAACCUCAUUUCCAUGCGGUUGAACCCUACACAAAGAAAGAACUUUCUGCUGUUACUUUCCCUGAUAUUAUUCGCAAUUACAAAGUCAUGGCCGCUGAAAAUAUUCCAGAGAAUCCCCUAAAGUUUCUGUAUCCAAAUAUUGAUAAAGACCAUGCCUUUGGAAAGUACUACUCCAGGCCAAAGGAAGCCCCAGAGCCCAUGGAACUCGAUGGCCCUAAAGGAACAGGAUACAUCAAGACUGAAUUGAUUUCUGUGUCUGAAGUUCACCCUUCUCGACUUCAGACCACCGACAACCUGCUUCCCAUGUCUCCUGAAGAGUUCGAUGAGGUGUCUCGGAUAGUGGGCUCUGUAGAAUUCGACAUGCAUCCACUCUUGGAGUUAGGGCGUGUGCUCUGAAAUAGACCUUUCACGGAGCUGGCUGGUUUCGGCCACGUCUGGAGGUUGCAGCUCUGGACCAGGGGGCGCUGGGGCUGACGCCUGGUGCCGGCUCAGGAGCAGGAGGACCGCAGGCCCCUGAGAGACAGAGCGCCAGUGUUUUCUGUGGCCUGCCUUCAGUGUUUGUUCAGUCUGGCUUUCCUGUACAAUAAACUUUCUUCCUCUGGGACUGCAUGAGAACCAGCCUCCUCUCCUAGAGGCCUCGGGGCAAAGCUAAUAGUAAUUUAAUAAUAAAUAUUAAGUCACAUGUAUGAAUUGUCUGCUGUUUUCUACCUGCUAUACUAAGCAUUCUACAUAUGCUGUAUAACUGAACCCUUUCAACAGAUCUAUCUGUGAGAGGCGAUUAGUCUCCUUUGAAUAGAUGAGGACCUUGGGACUUAGAGGCUGACCAUGGUUUGGUCACACAGCUAGUAGGAGACAGUGACAGGAUUUGAAUCCAGACUUGCUUUCUCUGUCUCUUCAAAGACCACCAUCCUUACGUGUUUUUACUCUCAGCCAGACCAAAACAUAGGGGCAAAACCUUCAUUGUGCUUUUCAAUCCAAAAUAUUUUCCUAGGAGACCACGAUGUACCACCCACUACUGAGUACUUGAGAUUUAAAAAAAAAAAAAAAAAAAGCACUCAAGGGGCUUGUCGUCUAGAGCUGCGCUGCUGUUGGUGUUUGGGGUCUGAGUGAUUCUCUGUUACGGGGCUGUGCUGUGCGUUGCAGAAUGGAUAGCUGCAUUCCCGGCCUCUGCUCACUAGAUGCCAGUAGCACACCCCCCCACACCCAGUCAUGACAAUCAGAAAUGUCUCCAGAUGUUGCUGGAGGAAAGACCCACCCCGGGUGGAGAGCACCUGGUCUAAGGGGAGAGCCCAGCAUGGAAGUGAGAGGGGAGGUCAGUGGCAGGCUGGUGUCCUUUGGGUAAGCAUUUCACUGCCUACGAGGGGCCCUGCUCGGGGAGGUGGACAGGUUCCUAACAAUUCUACUUCUCUAGCCUGUACCUGAAGCUCAUUCAUUUGUUAUUCCUACUGAGUGGCCUUUUAAGGAAGAUUCGUCCUUUUCCCCAGAUUCCUCUCUCCCUCUGGCAUACAGCUCAGCAUUGCCUCACUCUUGUUUUGUAUGAGCAGCUUUGCCACGUUGCUCUGUCCCCAAACUUGCAUAACGGCAAAAAGCUUUAUGCAGCCUGGAUGAAUUGACAGAAUGAAGCCAGCAGGCUGCAGAGUAAUAAUCCGUCAGCUUAGGUGAUAUAAAAGGUCUCGAUUAGUCCAGGAAAAAGGAUUGCACAUGCUGAAGGCCCUCUAAUUCCAUAGUGGUUUUUUGCUGUGGGAUGUGUCUUUCUAUACGACUCCAUUGUAGAACACACAAGUAAUGUUAACCAUAUGAGUCUGCAUUUUACAAGAGCAGUGUAAUAAGUAUAACCACAUUUUA